AUGAAAGCCAACACGCUAGUUAUGCUAGUGGCAUUUGCGCCACUAAUUUCCACGGGCAAGCGUGACGACUUUACUAGUGUCAAAGCUUCGAUUCAAUCGUAUGCCGCAACUCGCUUCCAAGUGUUUAAACUCGAGACUUGUCCAGCAGAAGUACCAGCAAGCUCAUGCGUAUGA